AUAUGUAUCAGUCGUGCAACAGGCACCGUUCGAAAAAGACCGAUACCCGGGAAAAUCGCUUCGAAAAACAAUGUGUAUAAUGAAGAAAAGCAACAGUGUGCUGUCUAGUAAAUGAAAGAAAAAAAAUUUUUAUUUACUUUUCGGUUGAUGCUUUAUUGUGUUUGUAAUCAAAAACUUUUCUUUGUGCGUUCAAUCGAAACGUGUACUGGGGCACUUUAAAAAAAAAAAAGAUUUCGAUUGAAAGUUACCAACGUACAUAUUAUCAUCAGUGGUGUUUUCCUGCUUUGGUGGUUGCAAAGUGAUUUUUAAGAGUGGAUUUUCGCAACAUAUGUUUCUGUGAAGAGGAGAUAUAAUUACCAGAAGAUUUUCCCAUUAUAUGCAAUGGAUUUGUAUGGACGUGAUGAUGAGAAAAAGCCGUUUGUAUGUCCCAGCGAUAGACAGCUGGCAUUACGUGCCAAAUUACACACCGGUUGGAGUUCGGGUAAACCUUCUGGCACGUUACAGCCGGAAGAAAAGAUGGCAAUUCUGGAAGUCAUUCAACGAAAUGAACAAUUGGAAACUGCCGAACGUCAACGAGUCGGACGGUUAGUGGAACGAGUGGAAAAAAUCAAACAAAGGGCUGCCGAGUGCGGUCCACGAUAUUGUAGGCUGUGCGGCCAAUCUUUUGGAUUGUUAGGUCCAUCGAAAUUAAUAUGCGAAGAUUGCCAGAAGCCGGUUUGUUCGAAAUGUUCCAUAGAGUUGCACUCUAGGGAUACAACAGGAACUAGAGAGAUUUGGCUGUGCAAAAUAUGUUCCGAGACUAGAGAAAUGUGGAAAAAGACCGGAGCAUGGUUCUUUAAAGGAAUACCAAAGUAUGAAAUACCACAACGAACGUCUGGUUCACGGCAAUCGCUAAGGGAUUGUAGAUUACGACAAGAGAAACCGAUGAAAUUAGGAAUUAAAUGUACAGACACAAGUUCUGAGGAGGACGACGAAGUUGAUCAAAAGCACUCACCAUCGGCGUUGAAUGGACAUAGUAAUUAUGAUAAUGCGUUGGGCGGUGGUAAUCGAAAGCAUCCGUUAGUGAAUCGCCAAAAUAGUGCCGUUGAUACUCAAAGUAAUUAUGAUUGGGAAACGGCUUCAAUAUCGACAACAAUCCGAAAUGGACGAAGAGGGUCGGUGACCAGUUCCAUGUCAAUGUCAGAGACAUCAUCAGCAAAUAGCAGCAGUAACGGAAUGGGUUGCUACCGUGAACCCUGUCUGGGUUGGCUGGAACUAUCCGUUAAUUAUUCGGAAGCGGACCAUACAUUGGACUGUUCAUUGUUACGCGCUCGUGAUCUGCCUGCCAUGGAUGUGUCAGGUCACGCGGACCCAUUUUGUAAAAUAAACAUCAUCACGGAGUAUGGAUCGAAGCAAAAGAAAUGGUUCGCCACGAAAACAGUGCACAAAACGACGAACCCUGAAUUCAAUGAGAAAGUUCGAUUUCUGGGUGUUGAGCCGGAUGAAUUAAUCGGUGGCUGUAUGUUAUAUGUCGUGCUAUUGGAUGAUGAUCAAUAUGGUCAUGAUUUCUUAGGAGCAGCCAAAAUCAAUUUAGAGCCGAUUUACAGUCAGGGACCACAUCGAUUGACUGUUCCGUUAGAUAUCGAGGACAGUCACUGUGUCGAAGCUGCAAUGUCUGGUCCAUGGCAGUAUGGACAGAUCUUACUGGCAUUGUGUUACAAUACGAAGCGCCGAUCGCUGGUUGUUAGAAUUGAUCGCUGUACCAAUUUGAUGGCAAUGGACAAGAAUGGUUUCUCCGAUCCGUUCAUCAAAUUGCAACUCAAACCAGAUUCACAGAAAAAUAAGAAAUUUAAGUCGACCAUCAAAUGGCGAACGCUGAACCCAAUAUACAAUGAAGAAUUUGCAUUCGAGACGAGACCGAACGAUUUGGACAAGCAAAUUUUGCUGCUCACCGUUUGGGAUAAAGACAUUGGCAAGAGUAACGAUUUCUUGGGUUCACUAGCACUGGGUGGCAACGGCAAAGGACGUCGGCUGAAACAGUGGAAGGACUGUAUACGAAUGCCGGAUUGUUUUCACGAACAAUGGCAUUGUUUGUCGGGGGAUCAGAUUUCACAUUAGAAUUUAAACGGAACUUUAAACGGACGACCAAAAUAAACUAUGAAGUGGGAGGCUGAGUGCCGUCUUAUAUAUCAAAAUUAAUGGUAAAACUAAGGAAGUAACAGAUUUGUCAUCAUUUUGUUAAAAGAGUUGAGUCGAUACUGAUCAUAUUACUGCAGUCUGUGAAAGGUUAGACGUUGAGUUAACCACUUACCAAAGCUGUGACUGGGUAGCAGUGUAUGUGCUUGUCUGGGAUUAGUAAAAUUUCAGAUUUUGUUUUGUUCUCUACAUUCUGAAGGAAAAUUUCCUUCCGCUUUUUAAUGUGAACUGUUGGUGUGGUUACAUGAACAAUCAAAAGUUGCCCUGCGUCAUGUCAUACACAUCACUUACAAUAAACUUCCACAAUCUAGUUCCCAUCGAACACACCUUCAUCAUUUCAUUAUUGCGAUGUGUUCUUACUAUUGUCACCCUGGUUCGGUUAAAUGAUUUGUAUUAGGGACCGCAUAUGAAUGACAUCACACUAUUUCAUUGAAUUUCUGACUCCUCACACCCCUGUGUCACGCAAGCUCUUCAGCUCUUCAUUCUCAAUAAUCAAUUAGACCAACCGAGACACUGAUCUAUUUUUGGUGUCGAAUAUCAGGAAAGUCUGUGCUUAAGGGACUGCUACGAACCUUUCAUGUCGAUAGAUUUGAAAACGUGCCUAACGAAAUCGGACGAACAAUUUAGUGGGCAUAUUUUCAUGCGUCUGGAUAAGUAUUGACUUCUAGGAGCAAAAAAUCCAUUUCGAAAAAUUCCUUGAUGUUUUUGGCGCAUCUCGAGAAACCGUUAGAAGUUAACAAUAUUAGUCAAAUUUCAAAUUGCUUUUUUUCGACAGCUCAGUUUAGAUGAAUUACCAACUCAAUAUAACCCUAUUUGCCCCGAAAAUACAUGCAGAAUGCUCUACAAAUUUUUGUCACUUAACGCGCGACGGGCUUUGGAAUAUCCGACUCUGAUCCCAAUCCAGCUCAUUGUCAUAUCUUCAUAUCACUACCACUGUCACUGCUACUGCCACAGGGUUCUUUUUUGUGUAGUUUCUACAACACGAUGAUUUUUAUAAAAGUAAUUUAGAUUUUCCACUUCAAGUUUGGUUGAUCACUCUCCCUUCACAUCAUCUCAAAAGAAUUGAAAGUAAAAUUUAAACAAAAAAAAUAUUUUUGUAUUCUCAAUCAUAAAAUUGAAUUGAUGUUAUGAAAUAUAAAGAUGCUUUAAAAUGGA